AUGGAGCCCGACUCGGUGAUUGAGGACAAGACCAUCGAGCUCAUGAUAAGUAAUGGAACAUCAUCUGUGAUCGUCUCCAGAAAGAGGCCAUCAGAAGGAAACUAUCAAAAAGAAAAAGACUUGUGUAUUAAAUAUUUUGACCAGUGGUCUGAAUCAGAUCAAGUGGAAUUUGUGGAACAUCUUAUUUCACGAAUGUGUCACUAUCAGCAUGGACAUAUUAACUCUUACCUGAAGCCCAUGUUGCAGCGGGACUCUAUUACCGCUUUACCAGAGCAAGGCUUAGAUCACAUAGCAGAAAACAUUCUUUCCUACCUGGAUGCCAGGUCUCUGUGUGCAGCAGAGCUGGUUUGUAAAGAAUGGCAACGAGUGAUCUCAGAAGGAAUGCUUUGGAAGAAGCUGAUUGAAUGAAUGGUACGCACAGAUCCUCUAUGGAAGGGACUUUCAGAAAGAAGAGGGUGGGAUCAGUACCUGUUUAAAAACAGACCCACAGAUGGCCCUCCCAAUUCAUUUUAUAGGUCAUUAUACCCAAAGAUUAUCCAGGAUAUAGAGACUAUAGAAUCUAACUGGCGGUGUGGACGACACAACUUACAGAGGAUUCAGUGCCGCUCUGAAAAUAGUAAAGGUGUCUACUGUUUACAGUAUGAUGAUGAAAAAAUUAUCAGUGGCCUACGAGAUAAUUCUAUUAAGAUUUGGGAUAAAACCAGCUUGGAAUGUUUGAAAGUGUUAACGGGACACACAGGCUCUGUCCUUUGUCUCCAGUAUGACGAACGUGUCAUUGUAACCGGCUCUUCAGACUCUACAGUGAGAGUCUGGGAUGUGAACACAGGCGAAGUUCUGAAUACACUGAUCCACCACAAUGAGGCUGUAUUGCACUUACGCUUCAGCAAUGGACUCAUGGUGACCUGUUCCAAGGACCGCUCCAUCGCCGUGUGGGACAUGGCUUCUGCCACCGAUAUCACUUUACGCCGUGUCCUGGUUGGCCACCGUGCUGCUGUCAAUGUGGUAGACUUUGACGAUAAGUACAUCGUGUCUGCCUCUGGUGACAGAACCAUCAAAGUGUGGAGCACGAGUACCUGUGAAUUUGUUCGUACUCUGAAUGGGCACAAGCGAGGCAUUGCCUGUCUGCAGUACAGGGAUCGGCUCGUUGUUAGUGGAUCAUCAGAUAAUACCAUUAGGCUAUGGGAUAUCGAAUGUGGUGCCUGUUUAAGAGUCUUAGAGGGACAUGAAGAAUUGGUCCGCUGCAUCCGGUUUGAUAACAAGAGGAUUGUCAGUGGGGCCUAUGAUGGGAAAAUUAAAGUUUGGGACUUGCAAGCCGCUCUUGACCCCCGCGCACCAGCAAGCACUUUGUGUUUGCGCACAUUGGUGGAGCAUUCUGGUCGUGUGUUUCGGCUUCAGUUUGAUGAGUUUCAAAUCAUCAGCAGCUCCCAUGAUGACACUAUUUUGAUUUGGGAUUUCUUAAAUGUGCCUCCCAGUGCCCAGAAUGAGACACGCUCUCCCUCCAGAACAUACACUUACAUCUCCAGAUAACAGUCUGCACUUUUACCCACUUCAGGGUUUCCUAGUCUUGAACUACUGGCUACAUGGCUACCAAAUGCCUAAGGGAGUUCAUUCACAGCUGAGUUAAGAAGCUGGAAUUGGUUCUAGAUGCUGGGUAGAUGCAAAGCAGCCUAACUCUUCAGCACCGACAUUUCUCACCUCUGAUUCCCGGCCUCUACUUUGAGAAGGAUACCUUAGCUUCACUGACUUCAAGUAGAACAGAAGCCCACUUUCCUCCCCCAUCAGUGAAAAAAAAUCUAAUGCUUCAAAUGUAAAUUGUUCAUAUAAAAGGAACGUACAGUCUUGUUUUACGGAAGUAAAUCAACUGUCAAGAGAAGACUUGGCCUCUAAUUUAUAUUGCUUUGCACUUUGGUCUGAUAUUAAGGAACAGCAUUCUUCUUCAGUGAAAUUUUGGGUGCCAAUCACCUACCCAGAAUGUCCAGGGCUUUCCUUUUCAGCAAUCGGCGUUCUCCUUUUGACCGUCCAAGUCAUUAUGAAUUCUGACUUGUGUUAGGAGCAUGUUGGACAACAGAAAAAUCUCUCUGGAUUGUUUUAGAAAUAUUUUUUGGAGUAUACUUCCUUUCUGUACCAAUUUCUUUUAAUUUAAAGAACGAUAAAUCAGGUUAUAUUAUCUCCCAUCAGGUAAUAUAGCUCUUUUAUUAACUGUUCUCUGUACCCCAACCAUCUCCUGAUACUUGGUAGAAUAACACCUUUACAUGUGUGCUUGCCGCCUAAUUUAAGAUACUGUAUCCACAUGUAGAUAAAAUGUACAUAACAGUUCAACCUCCAGGUUGCCAGGUCAGGCCUGUGCCUGAGACACUAAUAGGGAGUGUGUUCGUACUUGGCCUUGGGCUGGGCUCAGUGACCUGAUGCCGGGGCUGAUAUGGAUCACCUAGGACCCUUCCUGCAGUAUUCAUAUGGUGUUUUUAUUUUGUUGUUGUCGUGUGUGUGUGUGUGUGUGUACACGUGUUUUUAACGAGAAUCUUAUUUUUAAAUGCAAUUUCUGAAAUUUAACACAAAAUGUUUUAUUUGUUGUGCAGUAUAUAAAUAGAGAGGUACCUUAAAACUUUUUGUUGUUCUCUUCCUCAGAAGUACUCCCGAGUACCAGUGGUCACUUCCCAUAGUAUUCAUUUGGCCUUACUGUCAAAAAUUGUAUUCCACGCAUUAGUAACCCUGGGAGGGGAAGAACAGGCCCUGUUGACUGGGUUUUCCUACCCCUAGAACUCACAGGCUGAGGCUCCAUAGAUAAGCAGAGCCUCCCUGAGUGUCCACGCCUGUCUUCUAGGUCAGUCUGUUGAGAGGCUGACAUGAGGGGCAGGGUACUUCAAAGUGCGACAAAGCCUCAGGCUUGCGGGUCCCAGCCAGCUCAUCGCUGGUGUCCCCUGCUGCUGUGGCUGAUGGGUGCUCAGAGCUCCCGAGUGCACCACAGCUCCAGGGUGCGAACAGCCCGGCAUCCUGAAUGGGCACUGUGAGGACACUGACAUCCAGUCUGCACUCCUUUCUCCUUGUUUGAUACUAGGUUUUGAUUUGUUCCUUGCCAUUGUUUCCAAAGAUCAAGGAAUAUCAAUAACAUGUUAAAGGACCAAUGAACAACCUCCUACUUAUGAACCUCUACCCGGGGAAACACGCUUGCAGUCCUACAGGGAAGGUCACUGGGCUCAGUUUUGUCCUUUGCGUUGAGAACGGUGUGGGGAUCAAUGUGUGUGUAUGUGAUUUGUUUAUUGAGGUUAGUUUUGCUUUUUAGGUUUUUUUUUCCUUUUUUUUUUUAAUACAUCCUUUCCU